GAGGAAUUGUGCAAUCAUUGUGGCCAUUGUACUGUGGCAUCAAAUCAUUGUGCAGCUGGCUAGGCCAGUAGGCAGUAGGCAGCAGGAGCAGGAGCACAUGCUGCACAAGUCCAUGUACAAGCAUAUUCCAUGUCUGUCGCCAUCUGAUCGCACUCACUGACGUACACCACGACAGGUCCCUUGCCAUUCGAGUCCAAGGUACAGCCAUCCAUAGCCUGCGUCCUCAAGUAUCAUGGCGCAGUGUCCGGUCUCAGGCAAGCAGCUUCCUCAGGGUGAUCCAAAUGCGCCAGCUCAAUGUCCAGUGACGGGCCAAUUCGCAGAUGGAUCGCGUCCAGCACAAGUCCUUACCACCCAGCAACAAAAAGAUGGUGUGCGCUAUACACUCAUUGGCAUACCUUUUUCAACCUUCACGCGCACGCUCGCUAUGGGUCUACAUGAGCUGGGCUUGACAUUCUCACAAAUCAGCGACGCGGCGCCUCAUUCAGAGCACGUACCGCGACAAUAUUCGCCGUUCGGCAAGAUCCCCGUCCUUCUUCUUCAGCAUGGCGACAAGACCUUUGGCAUGUCCGAGACUGCUUCUAUUGCGCGCUUUCUGGAUGCAGGAUCCCGGCCGCUUCUUCGAUUUGCUGAGAGUGAGCGUAUCAAGAACCAGAAAUUGGAAGAGAUGAUUAGCAUGACUGGUGAUGCGGUCUUUGCUUCUAUCGAGGGAGGCAUCGUCAAGCCGUAUCUCAAGAAUAACAAGACUGAGGAUGUCACGCAAGAAGCACUCGACAAUUUGUCCAAGACACUUGAGAUUCUCACAAACGCUUGUCAUGGUCCGUACAUCUACGGCAUGGCCAUCACCUGGGCUGACUUGUUCCUCUAUCCGAUCCUCGCAGACCUUUCAGCAACACCAUUUGCUUCAGAACUCGUCAAAUUCGACAAGCUACAGAAAUGGCUUAUACGUAUGGGGAAACGCGAUGCUGCAGUCAAGACGAGACAAGGCACAUUAGAAGGUGGAGCCAGUCCACCUUGAUUCGAAUAAGAACG